AUUUUCGUUCUCCAGUACUCCGCCAAACAUCCAGUUAGCAAUAGGAAACCAUCGCUUAAGGAGUGAGAACCUGGAAAUCUUCCGACAAUCACAUGAGCCAUACGCUGUCGUAGGCCAUAUUGACAGUGAGCGGAUUAGUGUGGAGUGAGUGAGCUGCGUGCAGAGACGUGUGAGCUUGUGCUAAUACAUUUUUACUUUUUUGAAUCCUUUUUGAACCUUUUCUACUUUAUAUCCACCAAAAUGAGCGACGCACAGGCCAACCCAAUUUACGACCCUUUUUCGGAGUUAUGGGAGCGGCUCGGCUAUCAUAUUCAGUGGCAUCUAAAUUUGUUACAUCCUAUUGGAAUUAAUUGGCCACAUGGUAGAGCAGUAACGACCGAGUCGAAGAUUUUCAAUAACCCAGAUGGAAUAUCUGGAGGAUAUCGCAACGGCGACAGUGGCGGCAUCCCCCCUAAUGCGCUUACUUGCUCAAUCAAUCCUCCUCCUUACCUAGAUCGCUUGCUGCUGCCCAUACACGGAAACCAAGUGCAAAGCUGCAGCAGCACGUGCCGCGGAGCAGGAGCGUUAGCGCGAACCGCUGAGGAAGAGAAGAAGGCAUCGGCAGAGGCGGUAGGGGCAGCCCCGGCGGCGGCGGCGGCAGCGGCAGCAGCAGAAGCAGCGAAAUCUCAGCCAAGGUCGGCCGCUGCGUGCGGGCGGCGAGACUCAGCCUCAGCAAAGCGCACCGUUGCAUAA